GAUUCAACACUCAGUUCUCAGCAUCUUCUCUAGAAUCCUUCACAGCCAUCAUGGUUUUCACUGUGCUGUCAAGGGCCCUUCUCCUGGUCUCUCUGCUUCCUCUUUGUACUCAAAGUGUGGAUGAUGAACUUGUAGACAUUGGUAGUCUUGGCAAAAUUACAGAGUUUUUUCGAAAUAAUUAUGAAAUGGGGCAAUAUGCAGUAGCCAUCAAUGUCCCAAAGGUUCAGUGUUUCACAUUUGAUGAGUCAACAUUCCUGAAAGGAGAGAACAAUGUAAGGCAAGAUCUCCAAAAAUUCAUACCGAUCUAUUCAGGCACUGAACUGAUUGCAGCAGGAGUUUUUCUAGGCAAACAUUCAGAAGAUCUACUGAUGAAUCCUCCAAAUGAAUCUUACUUGAAAAAAUUGUUAGCAAAAAAAGGAUCGGAUGGAUGUGUGGUUUUCUACACCUUAAACUCCCCCUGUAUAGACAAGUGUCUCAGUGAUAAUGAUGACAGCAUUUUAAAAGGUCUUAAUGAAUUAAAUGCACACACAGGAAUUAAAGCCUUUGCUUUCAAACAUAUUUAUGAGUUUGACCAAACACAAAACAAGAGUAUUCUGCGUGCAGAACUGGGUAAGGUUGCUGAACUUGUGCCUCUCUACCGCUGUUUCUAUGAAUGUAUCCUUUGUGGAAUACCAGGUGCAAGCACACCAAUAGCAGAGGAGUGUACAUUGACAACUGAAGAAUUUAGAAAUUAUAUUAACAAAAUUAAUUCAUAUUCUCCAAGUAAGGCUUCAGGUUAAUUGAUGUGCUCAUUAGACGAUGUAGCCUUUCUUUCAUGUGAUGUCUGAUGUUAUUUCUUUCAAAUCAUUUCUUACAUAUUCCUUUUACAUUUUAGUUUAUUUUAGAAAUUACUUUUCAGUGAGCCCUUCUAAUAACAAAUACUGACUGUCGUCAUAUUUAAAUUUGUAAAUGUAACUGCUUUGACAGUUCCAGUAAAUUAAACAUUUUGCAAAA